AUGGGAAAUAAUCCUUCAACUGUAACUAGGAAAUCAAUAGCUCCAGAAACUUAUAGAAAAUCAAAUGCUCAAAAUGAUCAACAUAAUUUAGAUGAAGAAUUCAGUGAUUUGAUUUUAAGAAAAGUUAAAGGUGAUAAUGCCAAUGAAAUUACAAAUUAUACUUAUCAACAACGAACUGAUAUUGAUCCUUCCAUUCAACAAGAACAUCAAGAACAACAACUGAAGGAAGGACAAUCUCAUAAUAUACUACAUCCUAUAUCCCAUGAUGAUUAUCCUAUAUCUUAUAAUCAAUUCUCCAAUGAUUUAAUCGAAGAUGAAUUCAAUGAAUUAAAUGAUGGAUUAUUAGAUACUGAUGUUCAAGAAGUGGCAAGAAAUAUCUUACUUAAUGAAGAAGAAAAUGCAAAGGAUAUCCCUGAUUCUCAUACUGCCAUGGAAAUUGAUGAAACUUUUGAUAGUAAUAAUUCCACCAUCAUUCAACAACAAUCUCAACAACAACAAAUCCCAAUCGAUAGACAUCAUACUCCAACUCCUGAUUUAACCAAAGUUGAUUUCACAAAGAUAACUAAUAAUCAUAAUGCUAACCCUCAGAUCGAAGUCAAGGUUGAUGAUACCUACGUUCAUCCUCAAAUCAAUCAUUCUCAUACUUCAAGUUCAACUUUAUUAAUCCCCGUAGAAAUAAAGUGGGUUAAUACCAAUAAAGAACCUAUCAAUAAAAUCUCCAUCAUUGGAUCGUUCUCAAAUUGGAGAGAUGUUAUCAAACUUUCUUCCUCAUAUCAACAUCCUAAUGAAUAUAUCACUACGAUAAACCUUCCCUUGGGAGUUCAUAAAUUAUUAUACAUCAUAAACAAUGAAUAUCGAGUAAGUGAUCAAUUACCCACCGCCACCGAUCAAGAAGGGAUUUUCUUUAAUUGGUUUGAAGUGAUUGAUGAAUCUCAUUUAUUCAAUCAUUCUAUAAAUCAACCGAAUCAUAUCGGUGCUUCAACUGAUUAUGAUGCCAAUAUUAUAAGUCCCGUAAGUCAUAGUGUCACUCCUAGUAAUGUUCCAUCCAAUGCUAAUUUCAAUAGGAGUUUUAAUUCUUCAACAAGUGUGGUGGCAGGGAGGAAUGAAGUGGAGAGAAUCAAUCGGAAAUCAAAUAGUUUUUUGGCAAAGAUUUCAAAAGAAUCAUCAAAUUUCGAACAUGUUGAAUACGUGGAGGGGAAUAAUAAUAUUAUUGAAGAUGAUGAAGAUAUGAAAGAUGUGAAAUUGCAUGAAGAAUUACAAAAACAAUCAGAGAAUUACCCUUAUGGAAAUCAUCAAUCUCAUCAUCCAUCAAAUACUUCUUCGUCAAUGAUCCCACCGGGUGGUCAUCAUGAUAGUUCGAAAUAUUUACCCUUGACAAAUUCAAUCUCAUCAUUGAAGAUCAAUAUUAAACCACCUAAAUUAGAAUAUUCCAAUGAAAUUCCCGAAAUGUUUGUUAAUUAUGAAUUUUUCAAGCAUAAAUCAGCAAAUUAUGAAUUACCUGAACCACCUCAAUUACCCGCUCAUUUAAAUAAUGUAUUAUUAAAUAAAAUCUCAAAUUCAUCCUCAUCCCAAUCCAAUUCCCAAUUAUCAUCGUCUAAUAUCGCUCAAUCGAUUCCAAACCAAUCACCUACCAACAUAGGUCAAAGUUCAAGUUUAAAUAGUAUCCAUCAUCAUAAAAGACCACCCUUGAGAAGAGCAGAUAGUUCAUAUUAUGCCUCCAAUCAAGAGUCUUUCCAUUUAUCAAUCCCUAACCAUGUUAUUUUAAAUCAUCUUAUGACCACAUCGAUAAGAAAUGAUGUGUUGACGGUAGCUUGUAUUACGAGAUAUUCAGGGAAAUUCGUCACUCAAAUAAUGCAUUCUCCAGCUGAUAAAUGA